AUGUCAGGAGUUGGACCAAUCUCACAGGACUGGGAGCCCGUAGUGAUCCGCAAGAAAGCUCCCAACGCCGCCGCCAAGAAGGAUGAGAAGCUCGUUAACGCCGCCCGCCGCUCCGGUGCCGAGAUCGAAACCGUCAAAAAAUCAACUGCUGGUACAAACAAGGCUGCCUCUAGCAGCACUUCUUUGAACACAAGGAAGCUCGAUGAAGAAACUGAGAACCUUACUCAUGAACGAGUGCCAACUGAACUGAAGAAAGCAAUCAUGCAGGCUAGAAUGGACAAGAAACUUACACAGGCUCAACUUGCGCAGUUCAUCAAUGAGAAGCCCCAGAUAAUUCAAGAGUAUGAAUCUGGAAAAGCCAUUCCUAAUCAGCAGAUUAUAGGCAAACUAGAGAGGGCUCUUGGUGUGAAGCUGCGGGGAAAGAAGUGA